UGACGCAUAUUAUAAUCCCCCCAUCUCCCUCAACAUAUUCAAAACCACUCUUCACAAUUUGCAAUCUUUUAAAUCACAUAUAUGUAACCGUAUAUUCCAUGCAAGAAGCAAUCUCUUAUAAAUCACACAUGGCUGCCACCGCCAACGGCAGCAGCUCGCCGCUACGCAACUCUCUUGGUGGUUCCAACAGUAGUGGGGGACUUGUUGCCAAUGGUACGGAAAAUAGUGUAACGAAAUUGGUUUUGGAGAAUGCAGUGAUAGUUUUUGGUAGGCAAGGUUGCUGCAUGUGCCACGUUGUGAAGAGGUUGCUACUAGGGCAUGGGGUGAAUCCGGCGGUUUGCGAAGUCGACGAAGAGAAAGAAGAGGCCGUGCUUACCGAAUUGUCGAGAAUCAACGGCGAGAGAGGCGGGGAGCGCGGCGGAGUUCAGUUCCCGGCUGUUUUCGUGGGAGGGAAGUUGUUUGGUGGAUUGGAUAGGGUUAUGUCUACACAUAUUUCAGGUGAAUUGGUGCCUAUUUUGAAAGAUGCUGGGGCUUUAUGGUUAUGAAUCUGUUUCUAGUCUUUCUUCUGUUCGCUUUCUUGUUUCUUCUUCUUUUCCUUAAGUUGGAGAAAUGCCUAACUUUUGAUUAUGUCUUGAGGGAUUGGAACAUAUAUUAAUUGAAUGUUGGGAACUCGAGACAGAGAGAAGGGGUUCAGGAUUUGAAGAUUAUACUUGGUUUUACUUUACAGCUUAGUGUAGAUCAUAUAAAUGUCUUGCCAAUGAACGGAAAUUGAAUCCAAUAUUUCAUGCAAAUUUCA